CAAUGCUUACAGAACUUGACGAGUCCGUAGGCAAAGUGGUCCAAGCAUUAGAACAGAAAAGGAUGCUGGAGAACACUCUCAUACUCUUCAUGUCAGACAACGGUGCACCGACAUUUGGAAUUUACCAGAAUUGGGGAUCAAAUUAUCCUCUCAGAGGAAUUAAAGACACUUUCUGGGAAGGUGGUGUGCGCGGAGUUGCUGCCCUGUGGGGUACUAUGUUGAGAGGAAAAGAGGAAGAUUUGGUUCAGCCCCUUGAUGGUGUGAACCAGUGGAACUGGUUGACGGGGAAACAAGACAAUUCAGCGCGUAACGAAACACUCAUCAACAUCGACGAAGUGCAAAAUGCAUCAGCUAUCAUUGUAGGCCCCUGGAAACUUGUGCAAGGCACCAAGUCGGCGGAGUACAACGACUACUACGGCGACAGCGGCGCGCAGCGGGGCACCCCGCCCAUCGGCGCACGCCACGUGUGGGGCAGCCGCGCUGGCCGGGCCAUCGCCCACGCCUUGGGCCCGCGCCGCCUGCUCGACCAGCCGGCCAUGGACGCCACGCGCGGCGCCGCCGCCGUCUCCUGCACGCGUGCAGGUAGUAAUUGUGAUAUAACGAGGCCAGAACAGUUCUGCCUGUUUCACAUUCUUAAUGACCCCUGUGAAGAGAGAAACGUGGCCGAUCAACACCCUGAUGUGGUGCGAGACCUUCUGAUA